GUUGUGUUGUGCAUGUGAUUUGUUAAGGUGAUGGCUAAACCUCACGAACUAGUGCCUUUCUACGCUUCACUUCUCGACGCUUGUUCUUCCUCGAAGCACUUAAAGAAUCUAAAACGAAUACACGCGAUAACCAUCACCUUAGGCAUUUCACGCAAUGACUUCAUUCGAAGCAAGCUUGUGUCUUGCUACGCUUGUUGUGCCCAAUUGCACGAAGCCAAUAUUCUCUUCAACUUCGCCAUUCGCCAACCUACUUUCCUCUUCAACUCUCUCAUCAGAGCUCAUUCUUCUCUCAACUUGUUCUCACAAUCCCUCUCCAUAUUUCGCCGAAUGCUUCUUGCGGAUAAACCCUUUGAUCGUCACACCCUACCCGUGGUGCUGAAAUCUUGCGCUGGCUUAUCUUCUUUGAGGAUUGGGAAACAGGUCCAUGGGGCUGUUUUCGUUAAUGGGUUUGCGUUAGAUUUGGCAAAUUCGAAUGCUUUGAUAAACAUGUAUGCCAAGUGCGGACACUUGGCUUGGGCACGCAAGGUGUUUGAUGGAAUGUGGAAAAGAAAUGAGAUUACGUUUUCGACAAUGAUGGCAGGUUACGGAAUGCAUGGGAAAUGUGAUGAGGUGUUUGAGCUGUUUGAUAGAAUGGUGGAGGCGGGGGAGAAGCCAGAUGGUGUGACUUUUACUGUGGUUUUGAGUGCAUGUAGUCAUGGAGGUUUUAUAGACAAGGGGAGACGGUAUUUUGAGAUGAUGGAGGUGAGGUUUGGGGUUAAACCUGCGCUGCAACAUUAUACGUGCAUGGUGGAUAUGUUGGGGAGGGCUGGCCGGGUGGAGGAAGCAGAGAAGUUGAUUUUGAGAAUGGAGGUUAAGCCUGAUGAAGCUUUGUGGGGUGCCUUGUUGGGAGCCUGUAAAACUCAUGGGAAGGUUGAGGUGGCCGAGAGAGUAGCAGAGAAGGUUUAUGGAAGGGAACUGAUUGUUGCAUCGUCAAUUUGAGUUUAUUACGUACGUGGUAUUUGCUCAUGAGAAGACAUGCAACUUAAGGAUAUGCAUGUUGGUCCAAGGUUUUAAAAAUUAGUCCACAUCUGCAAUUUUGAGGCUACCAUGACCGUACCAGUCACAUUUAUUAGUAAUUUCCCGCGAUAUCAACAACCUUGGGUUCAUGAAUGGCCGUAGUUUUAA